CCAUUUCCCUUCGGACCAGCGUCAACACACUGAACAAUCCAUCCAUCACACACUCGACCGAAAAAGAGAACGGGAGAGGUGCAUAGGAGUGAGCAAAGCUAGCAAUGGUGAGGGCUCCUUGCUGCGAGCAGACAGGGAUCAAGAGGGGCCCGUGGACGGCCGAGGAGGACAUGACCCUGGUGGCUCACAUCGAGCAGCACGGCCACAGCAACUGGCGGGCGCUGCCGAAGCAGGCCGGCCUGCUCCGCUGCGGCAAGAGCUGCCGCCUCCGGUGGAUCAACUACCUGCGCCCCGACAUCAAGCGUGGCAACUUCACCAGCGAGGAGGAAGACGCUAUCAUCCAGCUCCACGCCAUGCUCGGCAACAGAUGGUCCACCAUUGCCGCCAGGCUGCCUGGGAGGACGGACAACGAGAUCAAGAACGUAUGGAACACACACCUCAAGAAGCGACUCGACUCGUCCUCGUCCAAGACGUCCGGCCAGGCAGCGCCUAAGCGCAAAGCCAAGAAGCCUGCUGUGGUUGCGAGCGCGCUCGAGGGCCCGACCUCCAAGCCAGCGUCUUCACCGGGGCACUCCCUCUCGAUGUCGCCGGAGCAGUCCCUCUCGACGUCGUCCGCCACCGACUACUCGAUGACCUCGUCAUUGGAGAACACGGGCAGCUCUUCUUCCUGGGAGGAGUUCCAGAUUGACGACAGUUUCUGGUCGGAGACACUGGGGAUGUCGGUGGACAGCUCCAGUUUCGGGAUGGAAACCUGCGACACCUUCAGCGUAGAUAGCGCAUCGCCGUCAUCGAGCAACGAUGAGAUGGACUUCUGGGUCACGCUGUUCAUGCAAGCUGGUGACAUGCAGAGUUUGUCACAGAUUUAGGCCUUAUUCUGUUUGAAGAAAUCCAAACGUAGAAUUUAGAAAUAGUACAGGAAGUUGAUAGUAUGACACUUGUCAUUCUAAGAAAUUGUUUUGCCUCACUACUACACACAAAAUAAGCUUUGAGUGGAUGGACAGA